CGGGAAGCUGAGAGUGCCGCUCUGUACCUGCCCUGUGCUGCUCCCAGCCCCGCGUCCGCCCCGCAGCGCCGCGCAGCCCGCGGGCCAGGUGAAGCAGGAGCGGGGUCCUUCCAGCCGCCACCAUGGUUGCCCUGUCACUGAAGAUCAGCAUUGGCAAUGUGGUCAAGACCAUGCAAUUUGAGCCCUCCACCAUGGUGUAUGAUGCCUGCCGGAUGAUCCGCGAGCGUGUGCCAGAGGCGCAGAUGGGACAGCCCAGUGACUUCGGGCUGUUCCUCUCGGAUGAGGACCCAAAGAAAGGCAUCUGGCUGGAGGCUGGGAAGGCACUGGACUACUACAUGCUGCGCAACGGGGACACCAUGGAGUACAAGAAGAAGCAGCGGCCCCUGAAGAUCCGCAUGCUGGACGGCACCGUGAAGACCGUCAUGGUGGAUGACUCCAAGACCGUCACAGACAUGCUCAUGACCAUCUGCGCCAGGAUCGGCAUCACUAACUAUGAUGAGUACUCGCUGGUGCGGGACAUCAUGGAGGAGAAGAAGGAGGAGAUCACCGGCACCCUCAAGAAGGACAAGACCCUGCUGCGUGAUGAGAAGAAAAUGGAGAAGCUCAAGCAGAAGCUGCACACGGACGAUGAACUGAACUGGCUGGACCAUGGGCGCACGCUGAGGGAGCAGGGCGUCGAUGACAGCGAGACACUGCUGCUGCGCCGCAAGUUCUUUUACUCAGACCAGAAUGUGGACUCUCGCGACCCCGUGCAGCUCAACCUGCUCUAUGUGCAGGCCCGAGACGACAUCCUUAACGGCUCGCACCCCGUCUCCUUCGACAAGGCCUGUGAGUUCGCCGGGUACCAGUGCCAGAUCCAGUUUGGGCCCCACAACGAGCAGAAGCACAAGCCGGGUUUCCUGGACCUGAAGGACUUCCUGCCCAAGGAGUACAUCAAGCAGAAGGGAGAGCGCAAGAUCUUCAUGGCCCACAAGAACUGCAACAGCAUGAGUGAGAUUGAGGCUAAAGUGCGUUAUGUGAAACUCGCCCGGUCCCUGAAAACCUACGGGGUCUCCUUCUUCCUGGUCAAGGAGAAAAUGAAGGGGAAGAACAAGCUGGUGCCACGGCUGCUGGGCAUCACCAAGGAGUGUGUGAUGCGGGUGGAUGAGAAGACCAAGGAAGUGAUUCAGGAGUGGAACCUCACCAACAUCAAGCGCUGGGCCGCCUCACCCAAGAGCUUCACCCUGGACUUUGGGGACUACCAGGACGGGUACUACUCAGUGCAGACGACAGAGGGGGAGCAGAUCGCCCAGCUGAUCGCCGGCUACAUUGACAUCAUCCUGAAGAAGAAAAAGAGCAAGGAUCACUUCGGGCUGGAGGGGGAUGAGGAGUCCACCAUGCUGGAAGACUCCGUGUCCCCCAAGAAGUCCACAGUGCUGCAGCAGCAGUUCAACCGUGUGGGCAAGGUGGAGCACGGCUCUGUGGCGCUGCCGGCCGUCAUGCGCUCGGGUGCAGGUGGCCCUGAGAGCUUCCAGGUGGGCACCAUGCCACAGGCCCAGCAGCAGGUCACCAGUGGGCAGAUGCACCGAGGGCACAUGCCCCCCCUGACGUCGGCCCAGCAGGCCCUGACCGGUACCAUCAAUUCCAGCAUGCAGGCGGUGCACGCGGCACAGGCCACACUGGAUGACUUCGAGACGCUGCCGCCACUCGGGCAGGACGCUGCCUCCAAAGCCUGGCGCAAGAACAAGAUGGAUGAGUCGAAGCACGAGAUCCACUCGCAGGUGGAUGCCAUCACCGCGGGCACUGCCUCCGUGGUGAACCUGACUGCAGGGGACCCAGCUGACACGGAUUACACGGCUGUGGGCUGUGCUGUCACCACCAUCUCCUCCAACCUCACUGAGAUGUCCAAGGGUGUCAAGCUGCUGGCCGCACUCAUGGAGGACGAGGGUGGGAAUGGGCGGCAGCUCCUGCAAGCGGCCAAAAACUUGGCGAGUGCUGUCUCGGACCUGCUGAAGACCGCUCAGCCAGCCAGCGCUGAGCCACGCCAGAACCUGCUGCAGGCGGCCGGCGUCGUGGGCCAGACAAGCGGGGAGCUGCUGCAGCAGAUCGGAGAGAGCGACACCGACCCGCGCUUCCAGAUCGUGGCGAGCCGGUGUGCUCGGACCCUGCCCACAUCUGACCCAAAGACGGACAUGCUAAUGCAGCUGGCGAAGGCGGUGGCCAGCGCCGCGGCUGCGCUCGUCCUAAAAGCCAAGAACGUGGCCCAGAAGACGGAGGAUUCGGUGCUGCAGACCCAAGUGAUUGCAGCCGCCACACAGUGUGCUCUCUCCACCUCCCAGCUUGUGGCCUGCACCAAGGUGGUGGCUCCCACGAUCAGCUCCCCGGUGUGCCAGGAGCAGCUGAUUGAGGCUGGCAAGCUAGUGGCCAAGUCAGCAGAGGGCUGCGUGGAGGCCUCCCAGGCAGCCACGGAUGAUGAGCAACUACUGAAGCAGGUGGGUGUAGCAGCCACGGCCGUGACCCAGGCCCUGAACGACCUGCUGCAGCACAUCAAGCAGCACGCCACAGGUGGGCAGCCCAUCGGGCGCUACGACCAGGCCACCGACACCAUCCUCAACGUCACGGAGAACAUCUUUAGCUCCAUGGGUGAUGCAGGGGAGAUGGUGCGCCAGGCCCGCAUCCUGGCCCAGGCCACCUCCGACCUCGUCAACGCCAUCAAGGCUGAUGCGGAGGGUGAGACCGACCUGGAGAACUCGCGCAAACUGCUGAGCGCUGCCAAGAUCCUGGCCGAUGCCACCGCCAAGAUGGUGGAGGCAGCCAAGGGGGCUGCCGCCCACCCCGACAGCGAAGAGCAGCAGCAGCGGCUGCGGGAGGCGGCCGAGGGGCUGCGCAUGGCGACCAAUGCUGCAGCCCAGAACGCCAUCAAGAAGAAGCUGGUGCACAAGCUGGAGCAUGCCGCCAAGCAGGCUGCAGCCUCCGCCACGCAGACCAUCGCCGCCGCACAGCACGCUGCCUCCUUCAACAAGAACCCGGCUGUGCAGCAGCAGCUGGUGCAGAGCUGCAAGGUGGUUGCAGAUCAGAUCCCGAUGCUGGUGCAGGGGGUGCGAGGGAGCCAGUCACAGCCGGACAGCCCCAGCGCGCAGCUGGCCCUCAUUGCUGCCAGCCAAAAUUUCCUGCAGCCCGGGGGGAAGAUGGUGGCUGCUGCCAAGGCCACUGUCCCCACCAUCACGGACCAGGCCUCCGCCAUGCAGCUCAGCCAGUGCGCCAAGAACCUGGCCGCAGCCCUCGCCGAGCUCCGCACGGCUGCCCAGAAGGCUCAGGAGGCCUGCGGGCCUCUGGAGAUCGACUCGGCCCUCAGCCUCGUGCAGAGCCUGGAGCGAGACCUGCAGGAAGCCAAGGCCGCCGCCAGGGAUGGCAAGCUCAAGCCUCUGCCUGGGGAGACGAUGGAGAAGUGCGCGCAGGACCUGGGGAACAGCACGAAGGCUGUCAGCUCUGCUAUCGCCCACCUGCUAGGGGAGGUGGCCCAGGGCAACGAGAACUACACAGGGAUUGCUGCGCGGGAGGUGGCUCAGGCCCUGCGCUCGCUGAGCCAGGCUGCCCGUGGCGUGGCGGCCACCACGUCGGACCCCCAGGCACAGAGUGCCAUGCUGGAGUGUGCUGGCGACGUCAUGGACAAGGCCAGCAACCUCAUUGAGGAGGUGCGCAAGGCUGUGAGCAAGCCCGGCGACCCCGAGAGCCAGCAGCGCCUGGCCCAGGUGGCCAAGGCUGUGUCCCAGGCCUUGAACCGCUGCGUGAACUGCCUCCCGGGGCAGCGUGAUGUGGACGCUGCCAUCCGCACCGUGAGCGAGGCCAGCAAGAGGCUGCUGGCCGAGUCGUUCCCCCCCAGCAGCAAGAACUUCCAGGAGGCGCAGGGCCAUCUGAACCAGGCGGCUGCCGGGCUCAACCAGUCAGCCAACGAGCUGGUGCAGGCGUCUCGCGGGACCCCCCAAGACCUGGCCAGGGCCUCUGGCAAAUUUGGGCAGGACUUCAACGAGUUCCUGCAGGCGGGAGUGGAGAUGGCCAGCCAGUCCCCGAACAAGGAGGACCAGGCACAAGUGGUGUCGAACCUGAAGAGCAUCUCCAUGUCAUCCAGCAAGCUGCUGCUGGCCGCCAAGGCCCUCUCUGCCGACCCCACUGCCCCCAACCUCAAGAGCCAGCUGGCUGCUGCUGCGCGAGCUGUGACAGACAGCAUCAACAACCUGAUCACCAUGUGCACACAGCAGGCACCCGGCCAGAAGGAGUGCGACAAUGCCCUGCGGGAGCUUGAGACGGUGCGGGAGCUGCUGGAAAACCCCACACAGGCCGUGAACGACCUGUCCUACUUCAACUGCCUAGACAGCGUCAUGGAGAACUCUAAGGUGCUGGGCGAAUCGAUGGCUGGGAUCUCGCAGCACGCCAAGAACAGCAAACUGCCUGAGUUCGGGGACGCCAUCAGUGCCGCCUCCAAGGCGCUCUGCGGGCUCACGGAGGCAGCGGCUCAGGCUGCCUACCUAGUGGGUGUGUCGGACCCCAACAGCCAGGCCGGGCUGCAGGGCCUUGUGGACCCCACGCAGUUCGCCAGAGCCAACCACGCCAUCCAGGUGGCCUGCCAGAACCUGGUGGACCCGGCCUGCACCCAGUCCCAGGUGCUGUCAGCCGCCACCAUUGUGGCCAAGCACACCUCGGCCCUGUGCAAUGCCUGCCGCCUGGCCUCGUCCCGCACCGCCAACCCUGUGGCCAAGCGCCAGUUUGUGCAGUCUGCCAAGGAGGUGGCCAACAGCACCGCCAGCUUGGUCAAGACCAUCAAGGCGCUGGAUGGAGCCUUUAACGAGGAGAACCGGGAACGUUGCCGGGCGGCCACCGCCCCCCUCAUCGAGGCUGUGGACAACCUGACGGCCUUCGCCUCCAACCCGGAGUUUGCCACCGUCCCUGCCCAGAUCAGCCCUGAGGGGCGCCGAGCCAUGGAGCCCAUCAUCUCCUCAGCCAAGACUAUGCUGGAGAGCUCAGCCGGGCUCAUCCAGACGGCCCGUUCACUUGCUGUCAACCCCAGAGACCCACCCCAGUGGUCAGUGCUGGCCGGGCACUCUCGCACCGUCUCCGACUCCAUCAAGAAGCUCAUCACCAACAUGAGAGACAAGGCGCCGGGGCAGCAGGAGUGCGACGAGGCCAUCGAGGUGCUGAACAAGUGUAUGCGAGAUGUGGACCAGGCCUCCCUAGCCGCCAUCAGCCAGCAGCUGGCCCCACGCGAAGACAUCUCCCAGGAGGCCUUGCAUAACCAGAUGAUCACAGCUGUUCAGGAGAUCAGCAACCUCAUCGAGCCCAUGGCUGGUGCUGCCAGGGCUGAGGCCUCCCAGCUGGGACACAAGGUGUCGCAGAUGGCUCAGUACUUCGAGCCGCUCACCCUGGCUGCCAUCGGCGCCGCCUCCAAGACUCCGAACCACCAGCAGCAGAUGAACCUCCUGGACCAAACCAAGACACUGGCCGAGUCGGCCCUGCAGCUGCUCUACACAGCCAAGGAGGCCGGCGGCAACCCCAAGCAAGCCGCCCACACGCAGGAGGCCCUGGAGGAGGCCGUGCAGAUGAUGAAGGAGGCCGUGGAGGACCUGACAACCACACUGAAUGAGGCUGCCAGUGCCGCCGGUGUAGUGGGUGGCAUGGUAGACUCCAUCACCCAGGCCAUCAACCAGCUGGACGAGGGGCCCAUGGGGGAGCCAGAAGGGACCUUUGUAGACUACCAGACCACCAUGGUCAAGACUGCCAAGGCCAUCGCUGUGACGGUGCAAGAGAUGGUCACCAAGUCCACAACCAGCCCCGACGAGCUGGGCACUCUGGCCAACCAGCUCACCAGCGAGUACGGGCAACUGGCACACCAGGCCAAGCCCGCUGCCCUCACUGCUGAGAACGAGGAGAUCGGCUUCCACAUCAAGAACCGGGUGCAGGAGCUGGGCCAUGGAUGCGCCGCACUGGUGACCAAGGCUGGAGCCCUGCAGUGCAGCCCCAGCGAUGCCUACACCAAGAAGGAGCUGAUCGAGUGCGCCCGCAAAGUCUCGGAGAAGGUGUCCCACGUGCUAGCAGCCCUGCAGGCUGGAAACCGUGGCACCCAGGCCUGCAUCACUGCUGCCAGCGCCGUCUCGGGCAUCAUUGCCGACCUCGACACCACCAUCAUGUUUGCCACUGCCGGCACCCUGAACCGGGAGAACGCCGAGACCUUUGCUGACCACAGGGAAGGCAUCCUGAAGACGGCCAAGGCACUGGUGGAGGACACCAAGGUACUGGUGCAGAAUGCCACGGCCAGCCAGGAGAAGCUGGCGCAGGCUGCCCAGUCCUCUGUGGCCACCAUCACCCGCCUGGCGGAGGUGGUGAAGCUGGGCGCUGCCAGCCUGGGCUCUGAAGACCCCGAGACCCAGGUGGUCCUGAUCAACGCAGUGAAGGACGUGGCCAAGGCGCUCGGAGACCUGAUCAGUGCGACCAAGGCAGCUGCCGGCAAAGCAGGAGAUGACCCUGCUGUCUAUCAGCUGAAGAACUCGGCCAAGGUCAUGGUCACCAACGUCACAUCCUUGCUGAAGACUGUGAAGGCCGUGGAGGACGAGGCCACAAAGGGGACGCGGGCGCUAGAAGCCACAAUCGAGCACAUCCGGCAGGAGCUCGCGGUGUUCUCCUCCCACAUGCCUCCGGACAAGACUUCAACCCCUGAGGAUUUCAUCCGGAUGACCAAAGGCAUCACCUUGGCAACUGCCAAGGCCGUGGCUGCUGGCAACUCGUGCCGGCAGGAGGACGUGAUCGCCACGGCAAAUCUGAGCCGUCGCGCCAUCGCCGAUAUGCUGCGCGCCUGCAAGGAAGCCGCCUACCACCCUGAGGUGAGCAUGGACGUGCGACAGCGGGCACUGCGCUAUGGCAAGGAGUGCACCAACGGCUACCUCGAGCUGCUGGAACACGUGCUGCUGAUCCUGCAGAAGCCAAGCCAUGAGCUGAAGCAGCAGCUGGCAGGGUACUCCAAGCGCGUGGCUGGCUCCGUCACCGAGCUCAUCCAGGCUGCUGAGGCCAUGAAAGGCACCGAAUGGGUUGAUCCUGAGGACCCCACCGUCAUCGCCGAGAACGAGCUGCUGGGAGCAGCUGCUGCCAUCGAGGCCGCGGCCAAGAAACUGGAGCAGCUGAAGCCGAGAGCCAAGCCCAAGCAGGCGGACGAGAGCCUGAACUUUGAGGAGCAGAUCCUGGAGGCCGCCAAGUCCAUCGCUGCUGCAACCAGUGCCCUGGUGAAGGCGGCCUCAGCCGCCCAGAGGGAGCUGGUGGCGCAAGGAAAGGUUGGCGCCAUCCCGGCUAACGCGGUGGACGAUGGCCAGUGGUCCCAGGGGCUCAUCUCAGCCGCCCGCAUGGUGGCAGCUGCCACCAACAACCUGUGCGAAGCAGCAAACGCAGCGGUGCAGGGCCACGCCAGCGAGGAAAAGCUCAUCUCGUCCGCCAAGCAGGUGGCCGCCUCCACUGCCCAGCUCCUGGUGGCCUGCAAGGUCAAGGCUGACCAGGACUCGGAGGCCAUGAAGAGGCUGCAGGCUGCCGGCAAUGCUGUGAAAAGGGCGUCAGACAACCUGGUGAAGGCCGCCCAGAAGGCCGCCGCCUUCCAGGACCACGACGAGACAGUGGUGGUGAAGGAAAAGAUGGUGGGGGGCAUCGCGCAGAUCAUCGCGGCACAGGAGGAGAUGCUACGGAAGGAGCGGGAGCUGGAGGAGGCACGGAAGAAGCUGGCCAUGAUCCGGCAGCAGCAGUACAAGUUCCUGCCCUCGGAGCUGCGGGACGAGGGGCAGCACUGAGAGGCCACACGAGCAGUGCCGCCCGCUCGUCCCUGCAGAGACUGCUGCCGCCUGCUCCUAUUUAACAUGGCCCCAGCCUGGCUCGCAUGGCGCCACCACACGCUGUGGCCCAGGGCCUGCACCAGCACCACCUUCCCACGCCGGCCAGGGCUGCCCAUGCACACGCUUCCCCCUGCCCUGCCCUGCGCUGCGCUGUGCUGCGCACGGUGGGACCUAGCUGAGGUGGGAGUGCUGCCAGGCCAGGCUGGGACCCCCAGCCUCUGGUGCCGCCGCCUGCCAUGCCCUGCCUUGCCCCAUCCCAGCCCCCGUCAGGUGCUUCCCUUGUGCCUUGGGCAGCCCCUCUCAGGACUUGGGGCCCCAGCUGCCAGUGCCUUCCUGGCCCUGGCCCUUUGCCUUUGGGUCUGCAGCACAAUGGAGCGUGUGGAGCUGGCAGAAGCUGUCUCCAUGCCUCCCUCUUGCACAGACCCACCCUCACCGCUGAUGCCUUACUGCCUGCUGCACCUUUUCCCACACUCCUGCGGGCACCGCAGCCAGGGUGCCUCUGCCUGGGCCAUGGGGCCAGCCCCGGUUCGUAGUCCCUCCCCUACCUGCUGUGCCUUGUCCCAUGGGGCCACCCAGCCCUCCUGCAGCUUCUCGAUCCCAAGUGCCUGUGUUGAGAUCGCCAGUAUUUUUGUAUCGUUGAACUCCAAAGUAUUGACCCGUGGCCUCGCCCACCCCAGCACGGAUCCCGGUGACCAAGUGCCCACAGCACCCUGCCCGGGCCGGGCCCCAGCUGCUCCCCGCACUUGCUGCGGCUUCUCCCCCUUUUUGAUACUCUGAGCUUCCAUAUUGCAGGUUGAGGAACCGGCUGCCUCGCCCCAGGGCCACGUCCCCUUGAACAAAACGCCAUCAAUAAAGCUGGUUUCCUGCUG